UUUGUCUGGAAAGCUUUAUCAGUCAGUGUCAUUUCUCGUUGGAUUUUGAAACAGAACUUCUACCAAGAUGGCUGGCUCUUACGAUCCCAAUGAUCCUGAUAUGAAAUAUCUGGCUGUAGACAGGAAGAAGUUGAUGGAAGAACAAACUAAAGCUUUUGAUGGUAAAAAAGCUUGUUGGGUUCCUGAUCCUCAAGCCUCUUUCUUACCAGCUGAAAUUGUUAGCAGUAAAGGUGAUGAAAUCACAGUUAAAAUUACCACCAACAAUGAGCAAAGAACAGUAAAAAAGGACCAACUUCAACAAAUGAAUCCACCAAAAUAUGAGAAAAUCGAAGAUAUGGCCAAUAUGACCUUCUUGAAUGAGGCUUCAGUUCUUCAUAAUUUAAGAUCCCGUUAUACAUCAGGACUUAUCUAUACUUAUUCAGGAUUAUUUUGUAUCGCCAUUAAUCCUUAUAAAAGAUUACCUAUUUAUACAUUGAGUGUUAUCGCUAAAUAUCGUGGUAAAAGAAAGAUGGAGAUGCCACCUCAUUUAUUUGCUAUUGCUGAUAAUGCCUAUCAAUCUAUGGUACAAGAACGUGAAAAUCAAUCAGUUUUGAUUACCGGUGAAUCUGGUGCUGGUAAAACAGAAAAUACAAAGAAAGUCAUUAUGUACUUUGCUCAAGUUGCUGCCAUGGGACAAAAAGGUGAUGAAGAAGAAGAAAAGAAAGACGAGAAAAAGGGUACACUAGAAGAUCAGAUUGUACAAUGUAAUCCAGUACUUGAAGCUUACGGUAACGCCAAGACAACCCGUAAUAACAACUCUUCUAGAUUCGGUAAAUUUAUCCGUAUCCAUUUUGGUACCCAAGGUAAAAUCUCUGGAGCUGAUAUUGAACAAUAUUUAUUGGAGAAAUCUCGAGUAACAUAUUGUCAACCAGCUGAAAGAAAUUACCAUAUUUUCUAUCAACUUUUAUCUAACGCUAUUCCUGCUUACCAUGAGAAAUUAUUGGUCAGUCCUGAUCCAGCUUUAUAUUCAUUUAUCAACCAAGGUUGUUUAACUGUUGAUAGUAUUGAUGAUACACAGGAAAUGAAAGACACUGACAAAGCUUUCGACGUUCUGGGAUUCAGUGAAGACGAAAAGUUGAGUUACUUAAAAUGUACUGGUGCCAUCGUCCAUUUCGGUGAAAUGAAAUUUAAACAGAGAGGUGAACAAGCUGAAUCUGAUGGAAAUGCUGAAGCUGAAAAGGUUGCCUUCCUUUUGGGUAUCAACCCUGAAGAUUUAUUGAAAGGAUUUUUGAAACCAAAGAUCAAGGUCGGAACAGAAUUUGUAACACAAGGUCGUACCAAGGAUCAAGUUGUAUAUUCAGUAUCCGCUUUAGCCAAAUCUCUGUAUGAUCGUAUGUUCAAGAGCAUGGUUGUCCGUGUCAACAAAACUUUAGAUACCAAGGCCAAGAGACAAUUCUUCAUUGGUGUACUGGAUAUUGCUGGUUUUGAAAUCUUUGAUUUCAACAGUUUUGAACAGUUAUGUAUCAACUACACCAACGAACGUCUUCAACAAUUUUUCAACCAUCACAUGUUUGUGUUGGAACAAGAAGAAUACAAGAAAGAAGGAAUUGAAUGGGAAUUUAUUGAUUUCGGUAUGGAUUUACAGGCCUGUGUUGAUUUGAUUGAAAAACCUUUAGGUAUCUUAUCAAUCCUUGAAGAAGAAUGUAUGUUCCCUAAAGCUAGUGAUAAAUCAUUCAUGGAAAAACUCUACCAAAAUCAUCUUGGUAAAUCACCCAACUUUGGUAAACCAGUCGGCAAGAAAGUCAAGGGUGAAGCUCAUUUUGAACUUC